CGCGCCGCCCAGACAAUGGAAAUAGACGAGGCGAGCUUGACAAUUUUCGAAUUUAUUUAGCGGUUUGUCAAGUGCUCUCCAAGUCGUGGCUAAGCCAAGAAAAUCCGCGCGUCUAAAUGACGAUCCAAAAAUAUACCGAUACCAGCUCUUUAGGUUUUACAACGAUUGUCAAAAUCGAGCUUGGCAGACCGAUCAUGCAUAAAUCGCUAUCAUCAUCAAACUCGUCGUCAUCGCGAAACCACCGCAACAGGUUUAAACGUCAACAAGUGCUUUAAAAAAAAAAAAAAAAAAAAUUAUAUAGGCGAGCGAAUUAGAAAAUGAAAAGGAAUUCGCAGCGAUGCACAUUCGCAGCUAUGUGGAGCAAGCACAAUCCCCGCAAAAGUCUCCGGCAUAGUAUAUAGGUAGCGUCGUUGCUGCCAAAAUAAUUAGGAAGCCAGCAUCGGUAGCUAUAACACACACACACACACACACACACACUCUCUCUCUCUUUCUUUCGCGCGUGUACGGGUGCGUCUCGCUCGCGCUUGUCUGCGUCGUCUAAAAGCGUCCGGAGCGAGAAGCACACGCGUGCCUCCUAUCCCCGGGCCGCCGCCGCCGCCGCCGCCGCCGAAAGAGACUAAAACGAGGGAACAGCUGGUGAUGCUCUCGACGCAGCUCUCGGUCAGUACGUCGAGAUCCGAGCCGCUGGUCGCAGCUGCUGUCCUCGUCGGUUCUCGGCCUCGUUGCGUUACACGCAUAUCUACGAUAUAACAACAAGCUUAUACACGAGAUCGAGAAAACGAUAAGCCAGUGUUUCGGGGCUGCGUCGAUCAGCGAGGCGAACUUUUCAUAUAUCGUGUGCCGGCGCGGGCCGGCCGACGCCGUCGAGUGCGAGCCGAUCGGUUACGAGCUUGCGACUAGACCACACACGGCUGCGGAUUAUAAAUCAAUUGGGUGAAUGAACGUUUACAGUGAUUGACAAGUUUCGGAGCAAAAGCAAACAUGGAGGACGCUCAUUGCAAAACUGUGGAGGAGGUCCAGAACUAUUUCAAUGUCAAUCCCGAAACUGGUCUGUCCCCGGACCAGGUCAGGAGGAACCAGGAGAAAUAUGGUCUCAACGAACUGCCAGCUGAGGAGGGAAAAUCCAUCUGGCAACUUGUACUGGAACAAUUCGAUGACCUCUUAGUUAAGAUUCUUUUACUAGCCGCUAUUAUUUCUUUCGUACUAGCUUUAUUUGAGGAGCACGAGGAUGCGUUCACGGCGUUCGUCGAGCCGUUCGUCAUCCUGCUCAUCCUUAUCGCCAACGCCGUGGUCGGUGUCUGGCAGGAGCGUAACGCCGAGUCGGCCAUCGAAGCCCUGAAGGAGUACGAGCCGGAGAUGGGCAAAGUCGUGCGAGGCGACAAGUCCGGUGUCCAGCGGAUCAGGGCCAAGGAGAUCGUGCCCGGCGACGUCGUCGAGGUCUCCGUCGGUGACAAGAUCCCCGCCGACAUCCGUCUGACCAAGAUCUACUCGACCACCCUCAGGAUCGACCAGUCCAUCCUGACCGGCGAGUCCGUCUCCGUGAUCAAGCACACCGACCCGGUGCCCGACCCCCGAGCCGUCAACCAGGACAAGAAGAACAUCCUGUUCUCCGGUACCAACGUCGCCGCCGGCAAGGCCCGCGGUGUCGUCAUCGGCACCGGCCUCAACACCGCCAUCGGUAAGAUCCGUACCGAGAUGUCCGAGACCGAGGAGAUCAAGACACCCCUGCAGCAGAAGCUCGACGAGUUCGGUGAGCAGCUGUCCAAGGUCAUCUCCGUCAUCUGCGUCGCCGUCUGGGCCAUCAACAUCGGUCACUUCAACGACCCCGCCCACGGUGGAUCCUGGAUCAAGGGUGCCAUCUACUACUUCAAGAUCGCCGUCGCUCUGGCUGUCGCCGCCAUUCCCGAGGGUCUGCCGGCCGUCAUCACCACUUGCUUGGCUCUCGGUACCCGCCGUAUGGCCAAGAAGAACGCCAUCGUCAGGUCGCUGCCGUCCGUCGAGACCCUCGGUUGCACCUCCGUCAUCUGCUCCGACAAGACUGGUACUCUCACCACCAACCAGAUGUCCGUUAGCCGCAUGUUCGUGUUCGAGAGGAUCGAGGGCAACGACAGCGCCUUCAACGAGUUCGAAAUCACCGGCUCGACGUACGAGCCCAUUGGUGAUGUGUACCUGAAGGGCCAGAAGGUCAAGGGCUCCGAGUACGAGACUCUUCACGAGCUCGGAACCAUCUGCAUCAUGUGCAACGACUCGGCCAUCGACUUCAACGAGUUCAAGCAGGCCUUUGAGAAGGUCGGUGAGGCCACCGAGACCGCUCUCAUCGUCCUCGCCGAGAAAGUCAAUCCCUUCGGUGUCAACAAGACCGGCCUGGACCGCCGUAGCUCCGCCAUCGUCGUCAGACAAGACAUCGAGACCAAGUGGAAAAAGGAGUUCACUCUUGAGUUCUCUCGUGAUCGUAAAUCCAUGUCCUCGUACUGCGUACCACUCAAGCCCACCAAGCUCGGAACCGGACCCAAACUCUUCGUCAAGGGAGCACCCGAGGGUGUCCUCGACAGAUGCACGCACGCCCGUGUCGGAAGCCAGAAGUUCCCUCUCACCUCCACCCUGAAGAACCGCAUCCUCGAGCUGACCCGCCAGUACGGUACCGGUCGCGACACCCUGCGUUGCUUGGCCCUUGCCACCGCCGACCACCCCAUGAAGCCCGAAGACAUGGAUCUCGGCGACUCCAACAAAUUCUUCACCUACGAAAAGGAGCUUACCUUCAUCGGCGUUGUCGGCAUGUUGGACCCGCCUCGUAAGGAAGUCUUCGACUCUAUUGUCAGGUGCCGCGCCGCCGGUAUCCGUGUCAUUGUCAUUACUGGUGACAACAAAGCCACCGCCGAGGCCAUCUGCAGGCGAAUUGGUGUCUUCACCGAGGACGAGGACACCACUGGCAAAUCCUACUCCGGACGAGAGUUCGACGAUCUGUCCAUUCCCGAACAGAGGGCCGCCUGCGCCAGGGCCAGGUUGUUCUCCCGUGUCGAGCCCGCUCACAAAUCCAAGAUUGUUGAGUACCUGCAGAGCAUGAACGAAAUCUCCGCUAUGACUGGUGAUGGUGUAAACGAUGCACCAGCUUUGAAGAAAGCCGAAAUUGGUAUUGCUAUGGGAUCUGGUACCGCUGUGGCGAAAUCUGCCGCCGAGAUGGUGUUGGCUGACGACAACUUCUCAUCCAUCGUAGCCGCUGUUGAGGAAGGUCGUGCCAUCUAUAACAACAUGAAACAGUUCAUCCGUUACCUUAUCUCUUCCAACAUUGGUGAAGUUGUCAGUAUUUUCUUGACUGCCGCUCUUGGUCUUCCCGAAGCUCUGAUCCCCGUACAACUCUUGUGGGUCAACCUUGUAACUGACGGUCUUCCAGCUACCGCUCUUGGUUUCAAUCCUCCUGACUUGGACAUCAUGCAAAAGCCACCCCGUAAGGCAGACGAAUCUCUUAUCUCUGGAUGGCUCUUCUUCCGUUACCUCGCUAUCGGUGGAUACGUCGGCGCUGCUACUGUCGGAUCUGCUGCCUGGUGGUUCUUGUACAGCCCCAACGGACCCCAGCUGAACUACUACCAGCUCACUCAUCACUUGGCUUGCAUCGGCGGUGGUGAAGAAUUCAAGGGUGUUGACUGCAAGGUCUUCAACGAUCCUCAUCCCAUGACCAUGGCUCUGUCUGUCCUUGUAACCAUUGAGAUGUUGAACGCCAUGAACAGCUUGUCUGAAAAUCAGUCCCUCGUCAGCAUGCCUCCAUGGUCGAACUUGUGGCUCAUUGCCUCGAUGGCACUUUCUUUCACACUCCACUUCGUCAUUCUUCACGUUGAUGUUCUUUCAUCCGUAUUCCAAGUGACUCCCCUGACUGGGGAAGAGUGGCUUACUGUUUUGAAGUUCUCGCUUCCAGUGGUACUUCUCGACGAAACCUUGAAGUUCAUUGCCAGAAAGAUCGCAGAUGGUGAGAACCCACUUUACACCGUACACUGGAUUGUUCUAAUGUGGGCUGUGUUUUUUGGACUUUUGGUUGUCUGCCCGAUAUAGAUAAACCAAAGGGUGUAAUAUUAGCAUAAAUGAAAGAUGCCUUUCUUACGGAAGCCAAGCACAGCGCCUUGGACUUGCAGUUGCAUUUAACUAAAAAAGAGCAAAAAAAUAAUAAGCAUAGCAUCCCCUCUACGAGGGGACGCUUAUGAUAUGAAUUAACGAAAAAAGUGUGUCCAAGUGAGAUUUUAAUUACUUUGACUGUUGCGCAUGGUGUUAGUCGGGGCAACUAGAUAAACAGAAAAAGAAAAAACACAAAAAUAAUUUGUAGCUAAAGGUCGACCGUAUCUGCACCGCACCGUACUUCAAAAAAGGAAAUAUCACUGUAAAACUAUACCGAUUUCAGUGACGCUUAAGUUUUUUCUUUGGAUUUGAUUUUUCCGGCGUGAAAGUGAAAACGAGAACUUACGAUCAUCUUGUUUCGUACAAGUGCCUUUUAAUAUUAACGUUCUUUCUGCGAGGCAAUAACCUUGUUUUUCCAAACGCCAAUUAUCCCUAAUUAACGCUGGCUCUAUUUCUUCAACUGCAAGCUUUAUUUUUUUCUCUUUUAAAUGCUUUGUGCAGGCUAUAGUAAUAUACAUAUAAAUUAAAACAAACUUUUGAUUGCAUAUUUACGAAUUAUGCACCGAUCAAAAUCUCUAGCCUCUGUUGAUUGUUCAACAUGGUGAUCACACACGUAGACAUUUUUAACACGAUUUUAACCCACGUUUUCGCGUUUCUGUCUCCCACAUCUUAGUAGUCUCUAUAACAUAAUCAUAACGUGCGGUGAUGGUUAUUAAAAAGUAAAACACUCCUUUUUACGAAUUUAUCCAUAAACAAGAGUAUCAUUUGCACCGAAUCGCAUAAUAGUACGUUACGUAUGGGCACACACACACAUACACACAUACACAUACCCAUGCACACACGCCCACAUCCAUACAUACACACGUUUUGCAAUAAUAUGUAUUGCAGUAAUGCUUAGAAUUUGUCAUUUGCAGAAACGGUUCGAUAGAACUAAUUUAUAUCAUCCUAUACGAGUUUAUAAGGAGGAAGAUAACUAGAUUUUUUUUAAAUAAUAUUCAUUGUACAUAAAGACGUAGGAAUAACGUAUUGCUGUAAAUUUAAGCUUAAAAAAUAAUGAACUUUGUUAUUCGCUCGUCGUGCAGAGAAAAAUUUUGCAUUGAUCUCGUCCCGAGUUCGUCGGUGAAAUGGAUAAGACACACGAAUAUAUAUCAACGCAAAUAACUCAAAUAAGCAAAAGCAAAAAAUAAAAUGAAACGAAAACACGAAUGAAGUAGCCUCCGAUCACGUAUAGCUAUAUUAUAAUUCAUUCACCCUCGAAUGCAGUCUCUUUAUAAAAUCUUUCAUGCUCGUGUCUUUGUGAUGUACCUAUCUAAUUAUCGAUGUUCUUCGCUUGAUGUUUAUUAUUAAAGUACACUUUUCGAAAUUAUAGCCGCACUCUUGCUAUACCUCCGCUUUAUAUAUAACCUUUGUCUUUAUAUUUUCUUUUUGCAAUACUUUAUAAGUGGCUUGCGAAUAAUGUCAGCUUAGUUGAGUGUGAUUGCAAGUGAGAGCUGAAAGCGAAGAAGCCUGUUAUGCUGCACCAAUGCAACUAAUUUCGACGAACAAAUGGAAUUUCUUUUGCUAAGAGAAGAAAAGACAUAUAAUGCAUGCGUCUUCCUUUUUUUACAUUAAAAAAAAAAGCUAUUUACCCCUCAAACACUAAAGCACCAAUUUCUUACCAGACGGUGGCAUUUUGGCAACUUUGAAAUUAGCCGUUCUUUCAUCUACUUAGCGUGAAUAAAAAACGACUGUCCAUUUCAUGUUGUACAAGUGCCAGUGUUUGCUUUUUGCACACUUAUGCAGCACUUUAAAAAAAAAUCAAAUCCUCUGUGUGUUCGUUUUACCUAUAGCCUCUCCAGUUAAAAUGAAAGACUUUUUCAACAUUGCAACUGAAUUAUUGUAAAGGUGUUAUAUUUGUCCUGUUUUUUUCUUUCUUCUAAUCAAAUAUACAUAUUUACUUUGCGACUGUUUGUAUGCGAGAAUCGAACAGCAAAUUACCGAAAUGCUUUCAAUGAGAGAAAGUCGACUGAACAUGAAAAGUUCACUUUUACUGAAGAAAGAAAAAAUCAGAUUCAAUCAACUAAACUCGUUUUUUUUUCAAACACGAAAAUCAGCAACCCUUCGUAUCGGAAGUUCCAAUAAAAAACUUUUAUGAUCAGUUUUAAACUCUUAAUUCACUGAAAGGGCUGUUUAGUUGACUGAAUCCAUAUAGAAUCCGUUCAUUCGUGUAACGAAUAUGCAAAACAGCAAAAAAAAAAAAAGAAAUGAAA